AUGCAAGAAUCACAGGAAACCCACAUAUCCAGCCACCUGGAUGAAGUUGUUGCUGCUGUCAGCAUACCGCCUAGAAGGAUUCAAAACAAGCUGCCUCAAACAGCACUGUUCCAGCCUCCUCGAGAGAAACUCCAGCUCUGUGAAGAGAAAGCAAAGUCUUAUUCCAGCAGUCACCACUACAAAGAAGCUAUCCAGGAGCUUGUGCGCUGUGUAGCACUGACAAGAAUUUGCUAUGGUGACUCGCAUUGGAAACUAGCAGAGGCACAUGUUAAUCUGGCUCAAGGCUACCUCCAGCUGAAAGGGCUGUCACUUCAAGCAAAACAGCAUACAGAAAAAGCCCAAGAAGUUCUCACCAGCACCAUUGAGCUUCCUUUUAAUGCCAACACAGAUGUUUUCAGGUGUUCAGUUGAGCUUUUCCAUACCAUGGGGAGAGCCUUAAUCGCACUUCAAAAAUUUAAGGAAGCAUCAGAGAAUCUGGCAAAAGCAGAGAGACUCUCAAAGGAGCUGCUACAAUGUGGAAGAAUUAUUAAAGAAGAGUGGAUAGAAAUUCAAGGACAGCUCAAACUGUCAUUGGCACAAUUAUAUCAAGGUCAGAAAAAAUCAGAAGAAGCUCUGCCCCAUUAUCAAGAGGCACUGGAAUAUACUGAGAGCAGUAAAGGUGAAAAAAGUCUUGAGUGUGUUCCAAUACUGAGGGAACUAGCAGGUGUAGAACAAGCCUUGGGAUUUCACGACUCAUGUAUUGAUCAUUUGUUACAGGCACACCUUAUCGUCCUGAGUAAACACCCCUCUCAAGAGGAGGCAGCUGACUCCGCACACUUUGUGGCCCAGGCCGCCGUCAAGUCCAGGAGACCCAAGCACCAGGAUAUGGCUGAGCAGUAUUUCCAAGAGAGCAUGGCUCACCUGAAAGAUGCUGGAGGGAUGGGAAGAGCCAAAUUUCUUUUAAUUCAAGAUGAAUUUUGCCGUUUUCUGAAAAUCAUUGGACAAGAAGAGAGGGCGCUCUCCAUACUGAAAGAGUCCCUGGAAGCCAAAUUCGGAACAUUUGGUGAUUUCAGUCCUGAGGUGGCUGAGACCUACCGGCUCCUUGGCAGGGCAGACCUGGCACAGGGAAACCACAGCAGAGCCCACAAGAAACUGAAGAAGUGUCUUCAGAUUCAGACCCUCUUAUAUGGACCACAGGACAAGAGGACCCUGGCCACCCAGCAGACCAUGGACGUCCUGUCCAAGGCCCCAGAGGUUGCUGGGAAGCCAAGACAGGCUCAGAAAGCCAAGCCACCAUUCUGCCCCAUCAUUCCUCAGCACCUUGUGCCUGGGAAGACAAGGGCCAAUGCAGCUGACUGA